UAAUAAUGAAUGAAUGAAUGAAGAUCAACUGGUGGUGUGUUGGUUUUACUUACUUUGGCUUUUUCACAAAAUCUCCAUUGAUAAAUAAAUAGCAAUGAAUAUUGGCAAUGGCAAUGGCAAAUUGAAGCAACCACAAGCUCAAACUCACCAUUAAUUUAUGAAGAUAUUCUGAUCAGUUUCCCAUGAAAAAGCAUUGUCCCAGACGGAACAAUUAAAUUACCCACAAAACAACAACUCCAACUAAUUAACUCAAAUUCGCUUUACCUUUCAUUUCAAAAUCUCUGUUCCUUCCUCUUCACGAGGUUGCACGCCUAUCGCUCUUUCCUCUUUACUACUAUUUCUGCAGCUCUUUCUCUUCCUCUCUGUCUCUUGUUCUUUAACCGAUGAAAGCUCUGUUUCCCAUAUUAUAAUAGUAACCAGGUUCUUAUUUUUUACUAUAAAAAAUUAUUCUCUUCCUCUGUUUGAUACAACAACUCUCAUGCAGUUGUAGUUUUGUCGUUGGUUCUUACCCAAAAGUAGAAUUUUGAGUUUUUGAAAACUCUUUGAACCGUUACUUUCUUUAUAAUUUAUAAAUAGGCUAUGGUGAAGCUCUAGUAGUCAAAGUGUAACCGAAAGUACUGAAACGUCCUUAUUUUAUGGAGAGAGUGGCGGUGCCCGGUGGGUCCAGGAGGCCUAAAUGGCAGUACCCACUAACGCAGCAGACGCCGAGGAUUCUUCAGCUGCCGCGGCGGCCGAGGAAGAAGAUGGUGAAGAGUGGUGGGAAGCUGGGGGGAAGGGAGAAAACGGGGAGGCUUGAGGUGUUGUUUGAUCAGGAGAGGGAGUUUUCUAGAGGGGUUGUAAGGGAAGUUGUGGUGGUGAGUGAGGAGGAAAGGAGAGGGAGAGUGGAUAAGAUUUGUGGUGGUGGUGGGGGAGGAGGGGGGAUGGCGGUGGUGGAGGAAGAGAAGUGGAGGUUUCAGGCUGAGAUGUUGAGAGCUGAGUGUAAUCUUUUGAGGAUUGAGAGAGAAAUUGCUGUUAAGAAAAUGGAGAGGAGAAGAGUUCAAGUGGAGAGGAUCUUGAGAUCUGCCAUUCAAACUCUUUUAUCUGGGAGGAGAAAGAUUUGUUCAGGAGAGGAUUUGAGCAUGAUCCUGGAAAGUGGGAUAAUAAAUUUGACUGAGGAACUGGAGAAGCUGCAAAGGAGAUCCAGAAUCAAGUAUCUGGAGGGUAAGAAAUGCAGUAAUUUUGAUGAAAAAGCAUCUCUUCUUCAAAGACGACUCAUGAAUUUUGAAGGAAAAUCCGAGGAGAUGCAUGUCAAGGAAAUUAGAGAAAUGGCAGAAGCAAGUUUGUCGAUCCGAAGAAGUUGCAGUGUGGAUGAAAGCUCCUUUUCAAAUGAGAACUGCCAUGUUGAGAUUCUGAGGAGGAAAAUGGAAGGCUUGUCGAAAGGGAUGUUCUUAGAGAGAAUGAAAGAAGAAUAUGGUUCAAUUCUUUCCACAGCCAACAGUUCUGCUUCUACUUCAAAGCGAAUUGAGUUUCCUGAAAUGUCUUCAACAUUAGCCGGUCAACCAUUUAAGGAUGCAAAGUCUCACAAGGAAAAGAAGUGUUCAGGACAUUGCAAGGCAAUAGUGAGAAGGAUUGUAGAACAGGUUCGGGCUGAGACUGAGCAAUGGUCUCAAAUACAAGAGAUGCUGCAGCAGGUGAGGGACGAGAUUGAAGAAUUGCAGGCGUCUAGAGAUUUUUGGGAAGAUAGUGCACUAGAUUCAGAUUAUCAGAUUCAAUUGUUAGUCUCCGCGGGUCAAGAAUGGAAACAAAAAGCACUAUCUUCAGAAGCAAGAGCAAAAGAACUACAAGCACAAUUGGCAAUGCUCCAGAAGGAGACUGAGAAGUUGAGAAAGGAACCAGAUACUAGAGCAUUAAGGGCUGAAACCUCUUCACCGCCUGCCCCGGACUCGCAGAAUGAAAUUGAGAAACAAGUUCUAAUCUGUUGCGAGAAGGAAAAUUCUCGAGCCAACAAUGUUGUCACCAAGCCAAAGGAGGCCUUGAAUGAUGGAAGAAGAAAAGCAAGGUCGUUGAGCAAUGCAUUUGUUGCUCCAAAUCGGUUGCCCUUGCAAGAUAUUGGUAACCAAUCACCUAGCAGAGCCAUUUUCCCUUUGCAUUCUAAUGCACAGAGCAGGUUUUGAGAGCUGCUGCAAAAGGCUAUGCUUCCUUCAUUAAUUUUAAGCUUUUGGCUAAAGAAGGGGCUUUGAAGUUUCUUUUACAGAAAUCACAGCUCUAAAAUUUUCUGUAGCUUUGGUAGCAAACAUCCCACAAAAUCUGAAUAACAUAUUUUCAUCUGUAUAAUAAGUUUUGAAAAUCAGUUGCAGCAUGAGGAAUCACUCAGAAAUGGAUUAGUGGUUUGUUAUCCAGUACACCUUUGUUGAAUUGGUAUUUCACCAUAGCUUUUUAUGAUAUGCUUUUACCUGA